AAUUAGGUCGUGCGCUCAAAAGGAUUUAUAUCUCUUAUAUGGGCUCGUAAUAAAUAGAGUUUGAGGCAGAUUGCUUUCUAGACACAAGCACAAUAUCUAAUUUCUUUUUCUAUAGACUAUUAGUUGGUAAUUGAUUAACUCCAAGCUCAUUUGCUUUGAUCGAGCUCCUUACACCUUGAGAAAGGAUGAAAGAAAACAAGCUUGACUUUUAUAAGAGUAUUUUUCAAUUGCAUCCUUUAUGGAGAUAUUUAACCGCAGCAUUAAAUAUACCGUUCGACUUGUAUGCGAUAAAUAAUUAUAACACUCUCAACAUUUAUGCGCUCAAUUCCUACAUGAUAUACAUGAGUUCUGAACAGCCAAAAUAGAUAAGAAAGAAGAAAAAAAACAAGCGUUGACUAGCUGUAUUGAUAGUGUAAAUAUGCAGCAAAAUCUUCUUUUUUAGAUGUGGAAAAUGACUACCUGAAGUAUCAUAAUAUUGCCUCAUGAUUAACGUUCAGACCUCAUUUAUUUAUUCAUUAAAC